UAGUUCGCAAAUGACGUCACGGGCAGCGCUUCUGCAGAAAAACAUGGCGGUAGGAUUUCUGCGUUACCUUUGUGGAUCCAUAAAUAAAGGAGUUUUUAUCAAGCAAAGAAGGAAAAUUUUAUUUUGAAAUGGCUAGAGACGAUUUCCCAAUGCUUCAAAGUGCUGUUGGAAUGGCUAAGUUUGAUGAAACAAGAUGGAGAGAUCCUGCAACUUCGAGGGAUUCUCACGGAACAGCUGGCAUGUCUCAGGUCGAUGCCUCGCCCAAGAGCCCGUCGAGCGAGACCAUACACUCGGGUCAUUUUAUGGUCAGCAACCCGCACAAAGUGAAAAAGAGCAGCGGCUUCAACUUUGAUGAUGCGGCCAAGAAAACAACGGAGAGUUACUCGUUUUCGAAGGAUGAUAAAAAGCAUUUGGAAAUAGAUUCAUCUUUUGCCAAGCUAUUUGAGUGCAUGAGCUUGGCUUAUCAUGAAUGUGUCAUAGUUUCACCAAAAUGGAAGACAUUCAAAGGAUUGAAAUUGAGUUGGAAGGACAAGAUUCGACUGAACAAUGCAAUCUGGAGAGAAUGGCAUAAUCAGUUUAUCUUGGGUAGGCAACCCCAAAUAUGCCAAUUUUCUUCUCCGUUGAUUGACAGCUACAACACCCCACAGGCUGUAAUUCUUGAAGGCAAGUAUUGGAAGCGAACUCUGUGUGCAGUUGUCAAGGAGUACCAGAAAUGGAGGGUAUUCUACAAGAAGAAGUCCAUCCAAUCAGGACAGCAGGAAGGAAUUCUGGAAGACUUACUCUACCAGCAGCAUUUCCAGGCGCUAAGCAAGAACUUCCUGGACACCAGCUCGGAAGAAGGGACACCAAUGGUCCUGGAUGAAGAGACACUCUUCUCUGAAUUCUCAGACACACUCUUCACCAGCCUUAAUCCAAACUUCCCCUUCCCAAAUCCCAAGGAGAUAGCUCAUGCUGGUAUAAAUGCAGACAUCAUUCAGCCUGGUUUAGUUCAGCUACAGCCAUCCUUGGAUGAUGUAAUGGAUACAUUUGACUCGGCACAAGAUGUAAUGAAGUCCAGCUAUCCUUCUGCUGCUCAAUCAAAUACAUAUAUAUUCACAGGUCAACAAACUCAGACACAGCUCCUUCAACAGAAUGCGCUAUGUAUUGACAGCAGCAUAUCAUCUUUCCAGACAACUCCAACAAUGUCAGGAGAGGAGUCUGUUAGUAUGCUGCCUAUGGAUGAUGUUCCACUUAUUGCAGGAACCAGUGGAUUCAAUCAGCCACAGCGGCAACAGCAGCAGCAACAGAUGUUACAGCAUAUCCAACCACCCCAGCCACAGCAACAGAUGCUCCAGUCGCUUCAGCAGACUGUGGAAACACAGAACACAAUGUCUUCUUUUAAUCUGGCUGGGAUGCAGCAGGAUAACCAAGACCAGAUCAUGAAUAUCUUGCCCAAACCCCAAGUAGGAGAUCUAAACCUUAGCAAUGGCAAUCUGAUCUUGAACUCACUAAAUGGGAAUACUACCCAGGGUGGUGUUGCUACUCUGGGCCAGCAGAAUAUGUUUGGUACACAGCUUCAGCAGAACACUACCCUUGAGUUGGGUGGUUUGGGUGGUGGACUUCAGAUGACCAAUUUACAGAAUAAUGUCCUGCAGCAACUUUUGCAGCAGCAGCAGCAGAAUCAACAGCAACAUCAACAGCAGCAGCCUCAGCAACAACAGCAGCAACAACAACAACAGCAGCCACAACAACCACAAACAGAAGUGAUCAACCAGUACUUACCUCUGCAGGUACAGAUCAACCAAAUCAGUCCUCAGUUUGCAAUGCAACAGCAGACAAAAGAUUCAUCUGCUCCACCUAGUAAUCAAGCUGCUGCAGCGAGUAGCAAGCUACAGACGGUUACUCCUAUAACCUUACAGACUUUGAAUGCUCUGAAUCAACAGCAGCAGCAAAAACCCCAGUCACGAACAGCAACAAUGCAGAGAAGUCACAGUCUACCCACCAACAGCUUGCAAACUCCUAACCUCACACAGGGUUCUUCUAUGAUGGAUACCAGUGUGGGUCAGUUAUUUCAAGGCAGUCAGAAUAAUAGUAUACUCCAAGGAGUCAGUAAUGCGCAGACGUUGCAGUUACCGCAGUCACAACAGCAAUUGCAGGCCCAAACAUCAGAUGUGUUUGGCAGUGCAAAUACUGAAACACAGGCCAAAGCGAGACAGCUUCUGAACACGCUGACAUCUACGUUGGCCCAGGUUCAGAAGCAGCAGCAGCAGCAACAGGCACAAGGUCUGAGUGGUUCUCUCAAUGUUACAGGUCUCACUGUCCAACAGACACAGGCUUUAAAGCUGUUGCAGGAGGUAGCCAAACAUGUCUCUGCUGGUGAGCUUUUACAAAAUAGCCAGCAGCAGCAACUGCAAAAGCAGCUGCAACAGCAGCAACUUGAACAGCAAAAGCAGCAAGAGGAGCAGCAAAAACAACAAUUAUUACAACAGCAGAAAGAACAGCAGGCCCAGCUCAGGCGACAAAGGCAGAAAAAUCUGAGGCAGCAAAAGCUGAUUCAACAGCAACAGCAAAAGCAAGCACAACUGCAGCAGCAACAGCAGCAGCAAAAACAGCAGCAGCAAAAACAGCAGCAGCAACAACAGCAGCAACACCAACUGCAACAGCAAAGAUUGCAACAGCCCCAACAACAACCAACCCUUCUGCAGGGUAGGAAUACAUCUAGAACUGACAGUCAACCUGUACUUACCCAAAUCCUUGGUCGCAAUUUCAUUACAACUGGACUCUCUCAAGUGGCUACCAUUUCUGGUGCAAAUAACAUUCAAAAUCAGCCAACCACCUUUGCACAAACCCAUUCUUUGGCACAGCAGCUGCAACAGAAACCCCAACAAGAUGGACAAAUCCAAACGCUACAAACAAUCCAGUUUUCAACUGGACAGCCUUCAAUCUCAUUGGCAACUCCCAUUACCAUCACAUCCCUACAACAAAAUACAGCCCCUUCACCGGAACAGAACAGUGCUAAUGCCAAACCCCAAACCACUUUCAAGCUUCAAACUAAUCCUGCAGCAGGAGUCAGUCUUAAGCAACCGAUCAAGCCUAAGCAAGUCAUCAAACCCAAAAUACCAGCCAAGAUUGCACCAGCACCUGUAGCUCCUGACCCUAUACCCGUUAUAGCCAAGAGUGAAAUUGGAAAGACCAGUACUUCAUCCAGUGGCACAGCACUUCUUACACAACUCCUUGCAGAAGGAGCAGGCAAAUAUGACACAUCACCAGCCAGCAUUUCAAUAAAGCCUGAAGGUGGUUCUUGUACCCCAGUGAGGACCGUUGUCUUUCACCAGGUUAAGACUGAAUCUAAACCAUCUACCAAGGCAGCCCCAUCCACACAGGCUAGUGCUCUUUCAUUGGCCUUGGCCUCUAAUUCUACUACAGCAGUGGGUAACAAGUCUAAAAUAAGCAAUACACCCAUCAGGAUGUUGUCGAGUGAGCCACCUAAAACACAGGCUGUGAGGCCUCCAACAGCAGGGUUCUUCACUUCUUCCCUGGCGUCUGUUUUUACAUCUCCUCAAUCAUCCAACAAUGCAACACCGGCUAGUUCAGUCAUCACUAUAGCAACCAGCGACAUUGCUCAGUCAAGCAAGUCUUUGCAAAGAAUAGAACCCGCAAAAGAGCCUCUGAUGUCACUAUCACCAUUCUCUUUGAACACCACACCCAUCUCCAUCAGUCCAGCACCAAGUCCAAUGUCUAUCAUUGAAGAUAUGGAUGAAAAAGGAAGUGGGAAACAAUCUCAUAUUUCAGCUGAACAAAAAAGGAGAUUCAAUAUCAGAUCUGGAUUUGAUCACUUGCAUUCACUUAUCCCGUCCCUGGCUCAGAAUCCUAGUGCUAAGAUUAGCAAAGCCAACAUGCUUGUCAAAGCUGUGGAAUACACCAAGAAACUCCAGUCUGAUCGAAGGCAGAUUAAAGAGGAGAUCAACAGUCUCAAACAAGAAAUCGCUGGUCUUCAUACUGACAUUGGUGAAAGUCAAUCACAGUUGCCAGCCAGUGGAGUCCCUGUUACCAGACAGCGUGUUGACAUGAUGCGUGAUGUGUUUGAUGAAUAUGUCAGAGAGAGGACCACACACAACUGGAAGUUUUGGAUUUACAGCAUUAUUAUCCGACCUCUGUUUGAGUCAUUUAACAGCACGGUUUCCACGUCUAGUCAGGAAGAGCUGACAAGAUCUGUUCGGUCGUGGCUUGAUCAACACUGCUCCCUCCUAACUCUUCGACCUACUGUAUUGUCCUCGUUGACCCUUCUCAGUCGGACCACGUCCAUCCUGUCAGACCCUACACAGAUCCCACAGCAGGCCAUUGAUGCAGUCACUCGUAAGGAAGAUGAAGUGGACUAGAACAAGUCACCAGAAACCACUUGUAUUGGAUUGCACAAUAUUUCUGCAUCGGUGUUGAUUAGUAAGGUGAUGAUGUUCGGUUUAUGGACACUGUCAACAAUGUAACUUGUCUGUGAGAAUUUAUUUAAAGCCUUAUAAGGAAAUAGUUAUUGAGCCCUGACAAUACUUCUGUUUUGAUUGUAAUCAUAUAAGUUGAGGUGCAAUGGCACAAAGCUGGUUUUGGAUACAUGUAUGUGGUCUAAAAAUCAUUGAUUAGUGCUUAUUGCAUGCCUUAUUGACAGUUUAUAGCACUUAUAUCAAGAAGAGUCCCAUAAUUAAUGCACAAUUUUGUCAUGGGAUGCUCCUUAUUCACUUGUUGUUGCUAUGGUGUCAGCAUUUGGAUACUGAAUGAUUUUGCUAUAAGAGAUAUUUUGCAUAGACUCCAGCCUUGUAUAUGCAGGCUCAUUCUCCUAACAGGUUAAUCAACCCACAAUUUAUUUGUCAAUGAUGGGCUUGUUGUUUAAAAACAGUGGGUUCAAUAUCUGAUGAAAUCAUAGCAACACACACAUGUAUUAUAAUGCCCUACGAAAAAAGGGUGUGUUUAUAAAAUUGGCGAUGUUCUCAGUGUAUACGCCAAAUUUAACAUUAGCAUGGUUUUAGAUUCAUAACCGUCUUUGUGCCUGUGAGACUUCAUUGGUUUUCUUGAACUGACAUAUGGCAGUUAAUGAUCAAUUCCAUGCUUCUCUCAUGUAGGAUUUUCAUUUUAAUAUUGGAACUGUCAAGGGUCUUCAUUACAAUUAUGCAAUGCAUCUGUGUUGUUUGUCUUUGGAUUGACUACAUACUUGAUAUACAGUUGGAAUAGUUUGUCAUAAGGUUAUUCAUGAGGGUUUUCUUUCAUUUAUACUUAUUAUAAUGAAAAAUUUGCAAUAACAUUUCAAAGCUUCUAAAAUCACUCAAUUUCAUUGGCUGAAAGUAAAUCAGUUAUAUAAAUUGUAUUUUUUUUAAAUUAUAACUAGUCUUUAUGAAUCAGAACCCAGAAAUGAGUUGAUUAUGGCCAUGCAUCAGAGAGUAUUAUGUAAAGUGUUCUGUAACUUGAGAAUAUUUGUGCUAUUAUCUGGUGUUUUUGUUUGAACCACCAACUUUUUGUUUUCCCCCCAGUAUUGUAUCUCCAUUGCUUCUUGUUGUCUUGUAGGUUAGACUUGGGAGGCUUAUAUGAGAUAGAAUUCCUAUUAUGAUUAUUGAAAUGAAUACAUGACUAUUACUAACUGUGCUAUUGGGAUAAAUUCUCUUGCAUAUAUUAAUAUUUUUCUAUUUCAGCAUUCUUCAUUUUAUUAAUCUUUAUUUUUUAAUACCAUGUGAUAAACAAAUUUGUUUGAUUAUUACAUGUUGUGACCUUAAUUCUUUAUACUGCUUGAAGACAAAGUUGAAAUGUAUUUAAUAACAUUUCAUUCUAUAUUUGAAAGCAAUGAAAGUAAUGUAAUCAACUUUUCUUGGUUUAUGUUCUUCUGAGAAUAAUUUUUUUAAGUUGCAGCUGAUAAUAUGAUAUAGAUAUGACAAGAAGAUGAAAAGUGUUAGAGUUUACGUGUUGUGGGGGCAGAUGAGCUAUUUAAAAAUGUUGUAAUAAUUCUGGAUAGAUGUAUUUUUAUAAAGAUAUGUAUGAAUGAUUUCAUAAAGAGCAAUGAGAAUUUUUAUAAAGGGGUUAAAUUUCUUGUUAUAAAAUAAUUGAAAAGUAACUUUUUUUUAUUGCUGCUUAUAUUUUCCAUGCCAUUUCAGCUGAAUUUAUUUUAAGAUAAUACCUAGUGCAUGUAGGACUUCAUGUAUAUGAAAGCUCCUGUUAAAAUCUGUAUACAAUUCUAGUUUACCAUAACCAUACUCUUCUUUGGAAUAAUGCUUGACAUUUAAAUUUUGGUCCAGGCUCAUCACAUUUCACAUUUCUGUUUAGUGCCUAGUAUUUACAUCCAAAUACUCAAAUUCAGCAUAAUAACAAUAUCAUGCACCCAUUAAACAUAAACUAAUUUGAGGGUGAAUUUAUAAUCACAUAUCAACUCAUUUUUGGUUUCUAAUAAACAAAGAGAGUAAGGUAUUUUUAUCCCUUCUAUGCAAAGCAUAUCAAAAUAUAUUUCUGAAUUAUUAAAUAAUCUUAUAACAUUAUUUCCCAUUGGAUGGCCAUUGUUAUUGAAACAUGGUUAAUAUUUCUUUUCUGUGUCAGUGUGUAUAUAAUAGAGCUUGUAAAUUGUAUAUAGAAUGCCUUGUGUAUAUUUAGUUAUGGCUUUAUUCAUGUACAGUACUGUUUUGAAGAAAUACAAAAUUGGCAGUAAAGAAAAUUUUGCCAAUUGGAAGAUGGUUUAGUGAUGAUGAUAGAUGCACAAGUAGAGAGUAUUUUGUAAUUGAUUAAAAAAUCUGUAUUCCUAUUCAAUGCCUGCAUGCAUAUGGUUUGCUACCCAUCAUUGCACAUUUGAUUUUAUGUAUGUCUGUAUAAUGUCUGUGUCAUUGGGUGUCAUUUGGAAUAUCAUUAUACUAUUUUUGUCACUGUGAAUACAAAUUUAUUGGAUGGAUCGAGACUGUAUUAGUGGUAUUAGAGAUGGUGUUUCAUUACAAUGAUUUAGGAAUAUAUGUAGCAUGGAUUGUACAAGAGAAUGGCAGUGGCCACAUUGAAGGAGCACAAGAUGGAUUGAAGUACACUUUCAGCAAACCAGACAGACAAAGCAUUGAAAUAUAUGGGGCCCCGUUUCAUAAAGGACUUGCAACUGUUGUAACUUUGCCAUUAUGGCAACUACCAUGGUAACAGGGCUCAGCAGCCAAUCAGAAUCAAGGUAUCCAUGGUAAUUGCCAUAAUGGAAAAGUUACAACAGUUGCAAGUCCUUUAUGAAACGGUCCCCUGAUCCUUCUGAAGGAAGAUGACAAAACCCAGUGGAUGAUAUUCUGACAGCCAUGGUGUAGUUUAACCUGGCUUAACUUAGACUACACUUGUAUGGAGUGCCAACUGUCCAUUCAUUCACCAAUUGAAGCUAAUUAUCCUGCAGCAAAAAAAUUGUCAGUAUCAGAAUGCCAUCCCUUAAGCAUCUAAUAGAGCUCUCUGUAAAACAAGAAAACGAGCAGGGCUAAAUCAGUCCCCGGACAUAAUAAAUAGGUAUUAACCAGUACCUGGAUGAACUUAUGCACAUUUGUUUCUGGUACUUACCUUGCUACCUGGAGUCCAAAAUUAAUAUCUUUAGCUUGUCAAAACAAAAUCCUUUUAUUUGUAGCAGGGAUUGUCUUUUUGUGGCCAGGUUUCAUUAUUUCAGAACUUAUGAUCUUUUAGUUUGGAUAAUUUGAUUUUGGACUAAGAUAAUGAGUGGGACGAAAACAGUGUCUAAUCCAAGCUGUGUUUGGGGGGAGGUCUGUUUGAAAUCUACACCAUAAGAGAGCCCUGUCAAACUUGUUGGACAGUAAUGCAACAAUAAUACAUAUUGGUAAGGGCACUUGUAACAAAUGAUUAAAUCAAGAUUAUAUCAGCAGCCGAGAUCUCAAGGAGGGCCUCCAAGACCACCAGUGACCUCCCAACCCCCUCCCCUCCCUGCCAUAUGAUAUACCAAAAUACCCCAGCCUAGUUAGGGUUAGAAAUAUCUGAAGAAAAUCCAAAAAUAGUAAGCUUUAAGAAUUUGAAAUGUACUUUCAUUACUGACCUUAAGGAAAUAAUUUACAGCUUUUAUGUAUAAAUUUUGACUCUAAGCUUUGCAAACUAUGCAAUAUGAUAUUGUGUAAACACUAUUAUUGUAGCUGUUAUCUUAAACCAUCGCUGAAACCAAAGGGCCAACUAUAAUGAAAACUUGCUUUUACACAAAGAUGGGUUAAGUUAUUCCAAUGCUUUGAAGUUAUGUGAUUUUCAAGUCUUCUAAGUGAAUUUAAUUUUAAAUCUUGUUACUUUCGACUAAUUUGUAUUCAUGGUAGAGUUUACCUCGUCUUGUUAAGAAAUGAUAUGUGGAAAGAAGUUUCUUUCACUCCUACAAGUAAUUGCUAUCGGCAGGGAUAUCAUUAGGUAUUAUGCUUAGGCAACGAUGCGAGAUCAGUGGUUUGUGUCGUAGUGAUAAGAAUUUAUUUAUUUCUGUUUAGUUUUGAAAUACAUGGUACGUAUGCAAUUAUUUUCUGACUAAUAUCAUUAAUUGUAAAUAUUCUACACCUUAUACCCUUUUUGUAGUCUUUAGCCUAGCUUAUCAAAUGCCGCUUUCUCAUAUUUGCGUAUCAUGUAGUGUGAUUAAUUUUCUACACAUUUGAUUAAUUUUUACCAAAUGUAUUCUCUUUCAAUCCCUAUCUUGCUCUCAUAUUUUAUUUUGUUCUUUUAUUGACUUGGGAAGGGCAUGAAUGAACUGGUAUAUUGUUGCUGAAAAAAAAGAAGAAUAUUCACCUAUGAAUUCAAAGAGAACUAAUAAUAGCAAUAAAGAUCACUUUUCUGAAAAAAAAAGUUACUUACCUUUCCUCAGCUAUUUGUGCAAUUUCAAACAGAAACCUUCAUUGAUCUGGAACUUGUAACACAUGCAACAGUCAAUAUUGGCAAAACCUGCAAGUGCAUUGUAGUAAAAUGAUAAAGCAAAGGCAACUGCAUAUCUUGUAUAAGUUUGGCUCAGAAACAUGUGGAUAACCUUUAUAAUCUAGUGCUAAAACAAUGAUAGGAUUUCAUGCCUACCAAGUGAUUGCUUGCCGUGGUCUCAUUGAAGAGUAAAAAAAGGUGUUGUAUUUGUAUUCAAGCAAUUGACUGAAAGAAACACUGUCUAAUUGGGUUAUUGUAUGCAUGGUUUAUGCAUGAACUUACCAACUGGCAAUUGUAUCUUUGUAAAAGUGAACAUAGUAUAUUCAUUACGAAAGUGCAUCAAGUUUUUGCGCACGUAGGUUCCUCCCUUUAAAUUCUACUAACGUAAGAUAAAGCACACUGAUUAAUUUUGUCCGUAUUUGUUGUUAAUAUUAGAUAUUCCCCCCCCCCCCCUGUAAAUUGCACUUUGAGUUUGAUCCAUCUACUAGGUGCCAUAUCUACCAGUUGCUAUGAUGAGUUAGAUUAUGUGGAUAAUCAACACUCCUGCAAUUGCACAAAUUACUAACACAUAUGACUAGCUGGAAUUUUGAAAUUUGAAAGUCAGAAACAAAUAAUCUGAACUAUCAUGCAAUGUAGAUACUAGUAAAUUUGCCAUAAACAGGAAUCUAGUUGGCUUUCAGAGAUAUUUGACUAAUCUGAUCAAAACGAAUACAUGGAAAUAGUUCAUUAUUGUAAAAUUUAACUGUUUUGCAUAAUAUAAUUUUUCUUGAUGAUGAAAAGUGAGGGAAGGGCACAGUUUUAGACAGAUUUUCAUUGUACCAAUUCAUCUUAACACCCAUUUAAUAUCAAUUCACAUAUCCUUCGUGUUUCACUCAUAUUCAUACCUGCUGUAACGCGCUUUGAGCCAUUCUGGGAAAAGCGCUCUAUAAAAAUUGGCUAUUAUUAUUAUUAUUAUUUACAGGCCUUUAGAAAAACGAAAAAACUUAAAUAUGUGAAAAGGAACAUGCCUAUAUUGAAGCAUUUGUGUUGACCCAUUUUUUCCUUGUGCUCAUAAAAUCUGAAAUAUUGCUGCAUCAAAAUGUUAGUCUUUUAAUGUUUUCUUUUUUUUGGUUAAACUGAUCGGAAGCAAUGUGCUGUUGUUGGCAUGAAUAUAAGCUGGAUUUAAAAACUGUUCAUUAAUUGUUGGGUCAAUUUAUUUUUUUACUAUCGUGGUAUUCUGUCAAGCAAACAAAUUCAGAUUAAUGGAAUUGAAGUGCCUUAGACAUACAUAAUGAGACCAAUUGAAAUAUAUAUGAAAAAUCAUGUGCUAUUAGAGAUGGCAAAUUGUAACUGUAAAGCACUUCUACAGUUACACUAUAAACACUAAUAGUUCAUAGCCACAGAUUGAUUUAUGACAUGUACGAUUUUAAAAUACCUUUUCCAAUUUUCUAUUUUUUCCUUCUUUUUCCUUUUAUUUUCUUGCCCACUGCCCCUCAUUUCUAUAAGGGGCAUCAUUAACAACACUUUGCUUCACCUAUGGAAUUUCCUGUAAAAUAUGUACAAAGGAAUUAUGAAAAUAUCCAAGGGAUUUUUUUUAAUGUUAUGCAUCAUUUGUGUGUGUACAAUUUGGUUUGCCCAUAUACCAUUAUUUUGAUCUUGACCUAAGUAAGUUGAAGAAAAAAAUAUACAAAUAAAAAUAUCAAAGAAAGAUUU